CAAGCACUGCAACAAAAUAAACUCGAAAACAAUUGAAUAAUCAACAAUGUGGCAGGUAAACAAUGCGUGGAGAGCCGCCGCCUAGCAGGGGAGAGCUGCAAUUGUACCAAGAACAAUGAUGGCCAGCGCACCACCAACUCAGACUACAGCAGCCACAACGGUGGCAUAUGACGCCACCCAGCAGAGGCAUGAUCGACGAGAGCUGAGGCAACAGCAAGUGGUUGCCACCAGCUUGCUCACGGAGCUGCGACGCGCCACCAACUACUGGUUCCAAGCGAAGAACGAUGAUGGCUUCCAGAUGCUGGUCCAGACAUGUUCCCAGAUCUUGCAACACGGGCUGGUGUUGCAGCCGCAGCCUGGCAGCGGGGAGCUGCAGCGUCUCGCCGAUGACUUUGAGUUUUUGCUCACCAGCGAGGAGAAGAUGAAGCUGCAGCAGCCACCUUAUCGCCGCUGGAGCGAGCAGCAGCCACAUCAGUCGCCGCGGAGUGUCGAUGAGUUUUUCCGCCUGUGGAUUACUCGAUGCCUGCAGGCGCGCUGCCUGUCUCAGUGCUUGCAGUCACUGGUGGCCGACAAGGAGCUGUUGGACUGCUACUAUCAGCGAGAGGUAGCCUUUCUGCGCCACUUGGGGCAUGCCAAUACGCUGUUUGUGUGCCUCACCGCGGUGCAGCUCAACCAAAGCAGCCUCCUCAGCCAGCUGGAGGUGCACAGGCAGCUGCGCCAUCGACGCACCUGCUCGCAGCCGAACUUUAGCAUCUCGCCGCGUCUGCAGGUGGUGCCGGAGGAGAAGCUGCAUCCGCAUUUGCAUCUGCAACAGCGGCUGCCCAGGCUGAGACGCUGCAAGAGUCUGCCCAAUCUGUACCACGAGGACGAGGAGCAAGAAGCGGCCCGUCGGCGCUGCCAGACCUACAGCAGUCCCCGCACAAACAGAACGGCUGCCGAUGCUAACAUGCUGCCCUCCACUUCGGCGGGCAGCUUCCACAGCAGUUUGAGCCGCUCUAGCACCAGCACGUCCAGCACCAGUCCGCGGCGCAUCGAACUGAUCAAUUGCGAUGAUAUUAAGAUCUGGACAGAUCAAACAGGCAGCCAACCAGCGGAGAUUCCCCAAACCCAGUCGCAGUCCCGAUCCCAGUGCAGCAUCAGGGCCUCGCCGUUCAACAACUUCCUAACGAAUCUCUUUGGCUCCCCGCCUGUGUAUACGAGCUGGUUCAAUCGCGGCCUGGGGGAGGAUCUGAACGGCCUAGGCGGCGGCGUCCUGGACAGCUUCCUCCCAGUCAACGGCAGGAAGCUGAAGAAGAAGCAGACCCUCUUCGAGGGCGUCAGCAUGCUGGAUGAGGCAGCAGCGGCAGCAACCGUGGCAUCUACCUCGAACUAUAGCACCGCCCCGCUGGACAUCGUUGGAAUGGCGGAUGGCAGCUACGGCGACGGCAGCCAGGCGACCAGCUCCAGUUCGGCCAGUGCCACGCCGGGGAGCACCCUGAGCAGCGACAAGAUGGACCAGCAGUCGCUGGCCACCUUUCUGCAAAUGUCCCGCUACACGCACAACAACACGGACCUGGAGAAGGAGAACGCCCACUUUCGCAUAUCAGAGGCCUGCAUCACGGCCAUCGAGCACGUGAAAUGGAGCCGCCGGAAGGACGUGGCCAAGCCCAGUGCCGCCGCCUUCUCAACGGAACCCGAUCUGAUGCCGUACGUGGAGCAGAUGGGCUCUCUGGAAGGCGGUCAUAGCAGCCACAGUGCCGAGGCCGUGGGCUUGCAGCUCAUCUCCCGCUUCAACGACCAGCAACUGCCGAGGGUGGGGCACCUCAAGUGGCUAGUCUCGGAGCAGGACACGCCGCAGCAGCUGCUGCCGAUGCCCAAGCAGGAGCAGGACAAGGAGAAGACCGCCGCCGCCAGCAUGACGCGCGGCACCAAGACCUGGGCCCCGCCCCGCCAGCAAAUCAUAUUUACCGAGCAUCCGAGCGUCAGCCGCUCCCAGCAGCUCAGUCGCCAGGGGAACCGGUGUGCCGGGUGCGGGAUGCGAGUGGCACGCCAAUACCAGCAUCAUUUCCGGUACUGCAGCUACCUGGGCAAGUACUUGUGCACGGGCUGUCAUCGCAAUCAGAUCUCGGCCAUACCCGCCAAGAUCCUGCAGAACUGGGACUUUCGCUGCUAUCCGGUAUCCUCGUUCGCCUACCGCCUCAUCGAGCAGAUGUACACGUUUCCGCUGUUCCAUGUGCCCGACCUGAAUGCACAGCUCUAUUCAAAGCACAAAGACCUGGCCAAAGCGCGUCGCCGCCGCAUCCAACUGCAGUCGGUCAAGGAAUUCAUUGGCAACUGUCGCUUUGCAACGAGGGAACAGGCAUUUUUCAAUGCCAUACCACUGCACCUCACCCAGGAUACGGACAUGUGGUCCAUGUGCGAUUUUGUGGAUGUGCAAAACAGCAGCAUGAGCCGCUCCAUCAAGGAAUUGAUCCUGUUGAGCGAGCAGCAUGUGCACAACUGUGUGCUCUGUGUGGGCCGGGCCUUUGUGUGUGAAUACUGCAAGAGCAACGAGUUCCUCUAUCCCUGGCAGCGGAAGAUUGAACGCUGCGUGGGAUGCGGCACGUGCUCCCAUUACAGCUGCUGGAGGGCCAAACGCAGCGAGCCGUGUCCCCGCUGUGCCCGGCUCCAGGCCAGGGCCAGUUAGCCCCCAAGUCUGUGUAUAUCUAUCAGUGUAUGCAUAUGUAUAUCCUUGACCUGUAUAUAAUCGUUUAAAUUACCAAAACUGUUAUGAAAAUUGUGUACCUCAGGCGAUGCGAUGGAAGGAGAGCGGAGAACCCAUGUUGAUUUUAUACAUAUAUACGAUACGAAUAUUUAUUGUACACCUGCACAUACAAUAUGAUUAAAAUAUGUGCAUAUAUUUUUUAACUCAA